AUGGCUACAUUCACGCCGCGUCAAACCUCUAGAACAUUAAAUGGGAAACAUACACAAGUUUUUAUGCAAACCUUUGCGGACCGUAUAGUCAUUCUCGUAACACAAAUAGGCAAAGUGGGCAAUCUGAUACAAGCAACGUUGCCUGCUACAGCAGUUCUUAUACCUCGAGUGCCAGACCCAACACAACCCAAUAAGCUUAUUCUACCAGAAUCGUCUCCUGCGAUCCAAUUGACACCACUUUUGGGAAGUGCUCCCUCACCUCACCAGCAAACUCUCCAUUCAUUAUAUGCCUCACAAAUAGCAACAAUCGUAUGGACAGAAGAAGCAUUGUUAGGUCUGGAAAGGUUGAGAAGGAGCGUCGUCGUUGGGCUCGCAUUGUGCCAACGGCAAGGCGAAGACGAUCCCCAAGGCGAACAAGAGGUCUUUCAGGGCGUCAUGUCGAUGUUGUAUGACUUAUUGAGAUCAUAA